AUAUAUUACACAAACAAAUACAAUGUUUGCAGCGUCGAUCUACAUUGUAUAAAGUGCCUCAUUAUCUUUUGGUUCUCUGUUUCUUGUGAUCGGAUCAAACUUUCACCACUUGUGUUUCCAUACUGCAUACAUGACGUCAGGCGUCACAAUAUAUCGGAAGUAGGAAAGAAAACCCCAGCAAUCAAAACAGACUAUGGCAACCUCGUUAGACGAAAUUUCCAUCGUGGAGGAUGUGACUUUGUGUUCAAUAUGCUUUGAGAAAUUCAAAAAACCGAGGUAUCUCCCUUGUUCUCACUCGUUUUGUCAUAGUUGUUUAUCAUCCUACAUUGCCAGCGUGCGUACGUCUACGGAACCCCGUUUGGGUUUUCAUUGUCCGCUAUGCCGUGAGUACAUUCAUUAUCAAGGCACAAUUGAUAAGCCAGAGGAUAUUGUAAACUUAUUUCCCGAAAAUUACCUUCUAGAAAAGAUUCUUGAGAAAGGUGACCAGUUGAAUUGCGAGUCUUGUCUUAGAGACAACGAGGAAGAAGAGGCUAUCGCCUUUUGUGCCACGUGUAUGGAGAAUUUAUGUCAAGUUUGUACAAAAUGUCAUAAGAAAGGCUUGGUCACAAAAAGCCAUAAAGUGUACCAACUAAGUAAAAUGAAAUCGUCUAACAUUUUAUCCGAUUCGGUUUCAAACUUAUCCUGUUCAAAACAUAAAAACAGAGAGAUAGAACUAUUUUGCAACGACCACAAAGCAUUGUGUUGUACAAUGUGUGUUAGCACGGAGCACAGAAAAUGUGACCGCGUUGAUACUGUUGAAGUAGCUGCUAAAUCUUUACGUGAAAGUGGAAAACUAAGUGGUCUGUUAACUGAAGUUAAGAAUCUUGAGAAGAAACUGACUGGCUCAAAGGCAAGACAGGAGAAAAACAUAACAGAAAUAGAAGAUAGUGUCGAUAGCUUGACGGAAAAAGCAGAAAAAGAGCUGAAAAUUCUAGUUGAGCAUUUGGAAAAGCUGAAGAAUGAUCUCUUACAAAAAAUAUCCGUGGCAGGCAAAACAAGUCAAGAAAAAAUUAGGAAAAGUUUGGAGAUUGUCACUGACGGGAUUUCUUGUGCAAAAUCUUGUGGGGAUAAAGUUGAAAGAGCCAUGGAAAAGGGAAGUGAUGUUCAAUUACUGAUGGAAUAUUAUUUAGCCAGAGCUACUCAAGAGCAGAUGAAAUCUUUUCAGUUCACAGAAAAAUAUGUAAGCAUACUGGAAAACAAACCUGAAAUGUUACAGCAAAUUAAAGACAUGAAAACUCUGUCACAGAUAGAAGCUUUUGAUAUGGAAAAAGAUGUGAAUCGUGUGUAUGAAAAAGAGCUGUCUUUUAAACAGGAAUUUGAUCUACUUAAUGCUAAUAUUCGCAGUGGAAAUUUUCUUUCAGAUGGCACAUUUGUAGUUGUAAAUCAUGAGCUUAAUGGUCAGUGUUUUUUUUAUGAUGAGAAUUUCACAUGCAUAAAAACAAUUGAUGGGUUGCGACUACCGUUUGCAGUCAUUGAAUAUGCCAAUGAAUUUUUCGUUACAUGCUUUGACACACAAUCCAUUAAGGUUUUCUCAACUUCUAACUACUUAGAAACACAGAAUAUUAAGCUAGAUAUAUACGUUUACGGAAUAGCAUGUAAAAAUGACACCUUUUAUGUGGCAUGUGGAGACAAAAUUAUAAAGAUAAAUAGAUAUGGACACAAAAUUAAAGAAUACAAAACAGGUUCACGUGUUGUUCAUCUUCUUGUAUUAAACAGUGUGGAUCUUGUUUACAGUAACAAGGAGAAAAACAUCGUGACUGCAAUGACUGAUAAUGGCAAUACUCUUUGGGAAUACAAAUCAUCCAAUUUAAAGGGACCAUAUGGACUUGAAAGGGAUAAUGCUGAAAACAUUUUUGUUGCUGGUACAGAGAGUAGAAACAUCCACGUUUUGUCCUGUGCUGGAGAAGUCAUUAGGGUGUUUAGUAAUAUGCCGAGACCAGUCUUUCUAGCAGUGAAUGAUAAGAAAAACAUAUGCUGUGUAUGUAGUGAAUUUAAGAAGAUUAAAGUUUAUGAACUGAAAUAGAGCAAUGAAAUCUAUUAGCUUUGUUAAUUAAUACCUCUCACAUAUCGAGUUGUUGUCUGGACUACCUGUUUGUGAUGAAAAAAUAAUGAAAAGAUAUAUUGUGUCUUUGAAAUAAUUUUGGAUUUACCAUAGUUAUGCACUUUGUGUUUGUUAGGGAUAGGGAUGGAAAAUAAUACAUUUUUGUAUAUGACCAUUCGACGUAGCUAGUGUUCUUACAAAUGUCAAAGAUUGUAUUUUCAAGAGGGAAAAGGAGGAAAAUAAAUGCAAAAAUUGACUUUAUUUCAAAAUAUACUUUUUAUUCAAAAGAGUCUUUCAGAAGAUAAAUAUUUCAAGGGAAGAAAACAAAGAUGUUUAUUAUACCUCAUUAUAAAUAUUCUACACAACGCGUUAUCUGAUUGGUUCUAGGUUAUCACGUGAUCGGGCCGUAAAACUUCAUAUUUCCCGUCGUCGGCACGCGCUUUUCAUCAUAUUCCACCUCUUCGGAACACCUAGUGAAUUUUCCCGCAAUAUAGUUCUCGUUCGUUGAACGAAAACUCCUGAGAGUAGUAGACGUCACAAUAGCCUGGUUUACCUCACAAAACUGAUGACAAUGUGUUGACAAAAGGGUUUUAAAGUAACUUUACGUUAACAAUGGUGUGAAUUAGAGAGCGGUGCCGAAUUUGAAAGUUUAUGUUUAUUUCAAAGGUUUUGCUUGUUUCGGUAUAAUAAACAAUUCAUUGCAUGAAUAUUCGGGAAACAUGAAGACUUG